AUGGACAAGAAGUUUCAGGUGAGUGUGGGGAACCUACACGGCGAGCACACCCUCACCGAGAUCCUGCAGACCUUGCGCGCCACGUACAGUGGCUCGAUUGGCAUCGAGUACAUGCACAUCGGGGACCUGCAGAAGGUGGAGUGGAUCCGUCAGCGGGUGGAGGAUCCCAACUUCAUCCCCUCGGACAGGCACAAGCUGCUCAAGGUGUAUCAGGAACUUCUGAAGAUCGACACCUUCGAGCAAUUUCUGAACACCCAGUACAAAACCACCAAGCGAUUCGGCGUGGACGGGGGCGAGGCGGCGGUAUCUGGUCUGAACGCCGCCAUUGAGAAGGCAGCCAGCAUGGGCAUGUCGGAGUGCGUCAUCGGCAUGCCCCACCGCGGGCGCUUGAACGUGCUUACCAACGUAGUCCGCAAGCCGCUGGUGCAGAUGUUCGCAGAGUUCAAGGGCACGCACUAUGACUUCGAGAAGAUUGUGGAGACGAGUGAGGGGGACGACUGGCUCUUUGCGGGCGACGUCAAGUACCACCUGGGCACUUCACAGGUGUUCAGCCUGGAUGGCAACACCACCAUCCGGGCGACCCUGGAAGCCAACCCUUCGCAUCUGGAGACAGUGAACACCGUGACCCUGGGCCGCGCCAGGGCCAAGCAGUACUACCUGGGCAACACUGCAGAGUCUACCACCCGGGUGUUGCCCAUCCUUUUCCACGGCGAUGCCUCCUUCGCCGGCCAGGGCGUGGUCUACGAAACCAUGCAGCUGGCCCAUGUGCAGGAGUUUGCUGUGGGCGGCACCAUCCACGUGAUCAUCAACAACCAGGUCGGCUUCACCACCGAUCCGGUUGAUGAUCGGUCCACCAUGUACACCUCCGACGUCGGCAAGACAUUCAACCUGCCCAUCUUGCACGUGAACGCCGACGACCCGGCGGCGGUGACCAGCGCCUUCGAGCUGGCGGCGGAGUGGCGCCAGACCUGGGCCACGGAUGUCAUUGUGGAUGUGAUUUGCUACCGCCGCUUCGGGCACAACGAGACGGAUGCGCCAGAGUAUACCCAGCCAGUACUCUACAAGCAGAUCAACAAGCAUCCCAGGACGGAGGCAGUGUAUGCCGCUAGCCUGGUUGAAAGUGGCAUCGCGACGCAGAAGGAGCUGGAGUCCAUGAAGGCUGAUUUGUGGAAGGAACACGAGAAGGCCUUCAAGGCCGCGGACGACUUUAAGCCCGGCGAGGAGGCAGAGUGGGUCGCCACCAAGUGGGAAGGCUUCGUUCGACCCACGGACAAGUCCAACGCCCACCCCACGGGCGUGGACAUCGAGCUGCUGCGCAAGAUUGGUGAGAAGCUUUGCUACACACCUCCGGACUUCAAGGCGCGAUUUCCGUGA